AUGCAUUCUUCAUCACUCAUUGCGAUAACAUCAUUCAUAGCAUUCUCAAAUGCGAAAGCAAGUGUUCAAUUCGAUAUCCUAGAUUCUAUAUCACAUGCACAAUGUUCGAGUUCCAUUCUCUCGUCUUCAUAUUCUAUAUGUCCUUCAAAUCUCGAAUUAUCGCGGAACAAACAUUACCCAAGUAAAUCCUCACAGCUUCUCUCCAUCAACAGCAAUGAAUCCAGUACAACUUUAUCCACAUCAUCAACACCUUCACCAUGGCAUUACCCACCCGUUUGUUCCAACAUAACCUCCGCCUCCCCUAAAACUCCUCAAUUCUGCGUCUACACAUCCACAACCUUCGCCUCAGGCCGCGGCAUCUCUCUCCUCACCACCCCAAAGAUCGCCUCCAAAAUCGCCUCCCUCCCCGCCUUCACCUCCUCACUCUCCUUCCAACCCCUCUACAACUCCUCAAACCCUGCACCCUUUGAAACCCGCCAACUUCCCGGCAGAGGAAUGGGCGUAAUAGCCACCCGCCCCAUCAAACGCGGCACCAUCCUCUUCGCCUAUCCCACCAUCGGAAUCUACCACAACUCCGCAUUUCCCCGAUCCCACAACUCCUCCUCUCUCUCUCUAAACAACACAUCUCUCUUCUCCCUCUCCGCCACCCAACUUCCCCCUUCCACCUCAAAUCACCUCUAUUCCCUCGCAGCGCACGAACCGCACCGCCAGCUCCACAACGGCGAAGGCAUCAUCGGCCGUCUCAACACCAAUACCUUCGGAGAAGACUUCCUCGGCCAAGAACACAGCAUUGUUGUUCCUGAAACCGCGCGAUUAAAUCACGAUUGUAGACCUAAUGCGAAUUAUUACUUCGACGCAAGAACACUAAUACAUUACACGACACCAACCCCCUCAUCCCCUCUGGUUCGCGCCGCUCUGCCCUCCACCACUCCUGGGGCUUCCACUGCACCUGUCCCCACUGUCUGCAGCCCACCCCCCAACGCCAGCACUCCAACCAUCGCAUCCUCACGAUCCUCUCCCUCCAAUCGUCUCUCGAAUACAAUUCCUCAUCCCUAUCUCCCCCGGCGGAUUUCCUCGCGAAAUCGCUGUAUCUGAUUGAAUUGUAUGGGAUGGAGGGACUGCAGAGUCAUGUCGGAGAUGGAUAUCGCAGUGCGGCGUUGGCGUAUAGUGUGCUGGGG